AUGGGUCAAAGACCACGGUGGAGACGGGUGGGUCAAGAAGAAUACAGCCUCAAGUGGACGGGGGCGCAGUACUACAACGCGAAGUGGGUCAAGAAAGCCAUAACGCGGCUGGUGCUCGUGGAAACUUUGGGUGGCAUUGCGCCGCCCACCAAGCAGUUCCUCCACGUGUUCGCCAAGGAAGCCCGCCAACACGGACCGGACGGUGUACGGGGCGGCGUCGGCGAGCGCCUCCUCCUUCGUCGUCCACCACACGCAGCAAGCAGAUCUCCAUGGCGGCGGUGGCGGGCGAACGCUGGAAACAUCAACAAGCAGGCGCGCACUGUGCGCACCAACUGGAUCAAGAACAAGCAAGCAAGCGGCAAACGGCCUCUCGUCCUCGGCCUCAGCAGCCCGGGCUUUCUUUACCGGUUCGCAGCUGUGCGCGUCCUUCACCCCACUUCUCAGGACAUGCCGAGCGCCCAGAAGAUAUUCACAGACGACCUCGUCGUCAAGGGGGAAGAGAUCGGGCUCGUCGAGCGGGCCCCCAACUCGUCGGACGACGAGGACGAGGACGACGAGGACAUCGACGACAUCAUCGACGACAACGCCGGCGGCGACAAGCUGGCGCCGGGCUCCGCGCGGGUGCACUGGUCGACGCAAGAGGCGCCGACGACCGAGUACAUAAGCGAGCUGCGGCUGGCCGACCGUGUGUUCUUGCUGGGGGACAUCGUGUCGCGUACGGACGCACAGCUGGGGCAGACGGGCAUAGUCACCGGCAUGCGCAUGUUUUGCGACGUCCGCUGCGCCGACGGCCUCGUCCUGCGGCGCGUCGCGACUGAGCUGCUGCGGCCGCUCGCCGCGUGCCGUCCGGGCGCACUCGUCUUGCACUCGCAGGCGCGGUGGCUGGGCCGCGUGGACGAGGUGUACGACAACGUGCAGCUCGCGUGGGAAGACGGCGCCAGCUGUAAGGUGAUGCGAACGAGCGCAAACUCACUCGCCGUCCACUCCCCCACGAUGGACGAGCAGACGUGGUUCUGGCCGUCGAUGAGCGUCUCGGGCACGCGCGACACGCUGCGCCGCGCAAAGUGGCUCAAGGGGUCGUUCCGUGCGCCGUACGCCAACGAGCACGCAACCGUCUCCAAGGUCCAUGCGGCGCAGGCGCUGGUCCGCUGGCUGGCCGCCAUCCCGUCGGAAGGCAGCGAGCCCGCGGCCUCGAUCGAGCCGCCCGCCGAGAUGCAGCGGCCGUCGCGCCUCAUCGAGCUGCUCGACCACCACGCGCGCCGCUGCUGGCGGCUGGGAGAGCACGCUGCUCUCGGCGCCGAGGACCUGCUCCGCCUCCGAGACGAGGCUGAGGCGGCGGCGGCCGGCGGCGGCGCCGACGGCGGCGGCGGCGCCGACGGCGGCGGCGGCGCCGACGGCGGCAGCCAGCCCGGCGGCGCGAAGAAGUCUCGCAAGAAGAAGGUUGCGCCGAGCGACGCGUGCGUCGAGGCGGUCACUCUGGCGCCGGCGAAGCAUGUCGACGGCUACUACGAGUUUUGGCCGCAGGACUUUGUGGUUCGCAAGGGCGCCGCGGAGGGCGAGGCGCAGCAGGUCGGGGUGGUCGUCUCCGUCGACCACGACGAGCGGAUCGCGGUCGUGUCGUGGCGGCUGAACGACGCCGAGGCGGCGCGCGCCAUGCUCUACGCCAACGCCGCCGACGCCGCCGACGGCGAGGGCGCCGCCGCGCAGGCCGAGCACCGGGGAGAGGCCGAGCAGCGGCGAGAGGUCGUGCCUGUGUACGACAUCGCGCCGCACCCUGACUUCAACUUCAAGGUUGGCGACGUGGUGCUGCGGCUGCCGUCGAUCCCGGACCCUGGGGAGGGGGAGGGGUCGGCGUCGGCCGACGGUGCCGCAGAGGCGGCGGCCCCAAUGGAGGAGGCUGCGGCGGGCGGGGCCGGGCAGGACUCGCUCUCGGGCCUCUUGCUCACGCGAGCCACGCGUUGGGCCGCGAGCCUCGCGGGCGGAGCUGCGGCCGCCGCCGCCGACGAGGAUGAGGAGGGCGCGCCGACGGGCGACCCCGAGGAGGGCGGCUUCACCGCGCUGCGGUGGGUGGGUGAGGUCAAGGAGAUCGGGCCGUCGGUGCGCGUCAAGUGGAUGGACGGGCGCGUGUCGCGCGCGGCGGCGGAGACGCUGUACGUGGUCAACACCGAGGAGGACGACGAGCCGGUCGAGGAGGACGCGGCGUCCUUCGACGAGGGCGACGAGGGCGAGUCGCGCGGCGGCCUCGCCGGCGACGGCAGCGAGGGCUCGUCCGGUUGGGAGACGGUCGAUUCGGACGGCGAGGGCGACGCGCAGGGCAGCGGGGAGGAGGCGGAUGCUGUCGACGACGGAGAGGAGGGUUCCACGAAGCGGACCGGCGCGGGCGCCGGGGGCGGCGCCACCGACGACUCGACAGUCCGGGCGCUCGUCGCCAAGCGGGAGCAGGCGCGCUUCUUGCGCGACUUUGACGCGGCGGACCGGCUCCGCGAGCAGCUGGCCAAGCUCGGGGUGACGCUCGACGACCAGGCCAAGAUGUGGCGCGCCGCGGACGGCCGGUCCGGCUUCAUCACGCAAGUCAACGUGUCGGAGAUCCACGCGCAAAAGGCGGCAAAGUCGGGCGCCGCGUCGCUCGACGACGCCGAGAUCAACCGGCUGGUGCGGGAGCGCGAGCAGGCGCGCUACACGAGCGACUACAAGACGGCGGACAGGCUGCGCGACCAGCUCGAGCGGCAUGGCGUCUCGCUCGACGUCAAGGAGCGAGAGGGCGGCGAGCAGGGGGCGAGUGGCGACGGCCUUCACGAGCCACUCGACGCCACGCGCGCGAUUGCGGCGAUCGAGAAUGCCGAACGGGCGCUGAUCGAGGGGGGGGGGGAGGAGGAGGAGCAGGGGCGCGCGGCGGCCGAGCCGGCCGAGCCGAGCGCGUCGCAGAUGGAGGCUGAGGCCGGGGAAGGCGGCGAGCGCGUGCUUCCCGAAAAGGCGCGGCGGGAGCUCGCCAAGCACUUGCGCGCGGUGACGUCGCAGUCGGCGCGGCAGUGCGAGAAGGCGCUGCAGGCCAACGGCGACGACAUCGAGCGCGCCACCGCCUGGCUCAUCUCGCAGGCCGAGGCUGCGAGCAAGGCGUCGCCCGCUGCGGCGAGGAGGCUGAUCGCGCAGGCCGACGCUCAUCUCGCAGGCGAGGCCGACCCGCGGGUGGCUGCAGCGAGCAGUCAAGCCCACAGCGACGAGGAGGACUACGCCACCGCGGACGAGCUCGAU